CCAAGAUUCAUUUUACGGCCAGCAGCUCUUGGUUUCCAGGGUCGUAGUUCUGCUUGGCUGGGGGGAGUUUACGAUAAAUUAGUAAGACAGAUACACAAGCGCUUACCCUACAUGUUAUGUACAUGCAUACUCUAGAAUGAGAACAUACAGUACAGUGUGACAUAUAGAGAUUUUUCUAGACGAAAACCCACUGGCAGGUUUUGAAUGAUUUUGUAUAUAUGUAAUGUGUAACAGUUUAGCGUAUGCGUUUGGUAUUUAGUUAUUUUUGUUUUUCUUUUCUUCAAAAUUCCAUGAUCAUAUUUCCCACCUUAUAUAUAGGGAGGAAACGUGCUCCUCGCCCCUGUCCUGUCGAACAGAUUCCCCACAAUGACAUUUACACAUAUUAAUUAUUCAGAUAGUUAUUGUGCGUGAAGUGAAGCAAUCCACAGCUGUUUGCUAAAUUUCCUGUCAUGACUGUAAAAUAGUACGCUACAGUCUAGAUAAAGGAAUAAGGAUGCUGGAAUGUUCUGGAGAGUUCAAACGUAUGACCUUGUUUAAGCUUACGUUCUUUGAUUGUAGUAGUGCGUUAUGUAAAGACAUCAUCACAACAAUAGAGGCAACAUCCUGCUUUACUUUCAGGUUAGUAGUCUCCAAGCGCACCUUAAAACCAUGACGUGGAAGGUAAACAACGACAACCCGGAAGUGAAUAGAAGCGCUUCUGCCGCGUGUGCCCUGUUUGGAGAAGCCCCCCUCCCCCUCCUCCGUUUCCUCACCGUUACAGAGGCACUGACUUCAUCACGCGUUUUGUCAAACACCAUUUUCGUCUCCCUCUGGUUGGCAUUUCUGUUCCGCCUGCUUUGACGUAGUCGCCUUUGCUCAAGAGUUUUAUCGAAGCGAAGUCCAAUGUAGGCGUCGUUCAGGUUUCGCCUAUUACACACAGUAAGGACUGAUAAGUGUGUGUGAAUGUGAGCGUGAGGAGGAGGAGGAGGAGGCAUGGAGGUUCUGUGGUUUCUGCCGCUGCUCGUCGUGCCGGUCCUGUUUUGGACCAGCUCCACGUUCGUUUACUAUUUCAAAAAAUGCUUCUACGUCGCCUAUAUGAUGCUGUUGGCCAUGAUCGCGAUCCCCAUUUGCAUCCUGAAAAGCGGUGGACGGGACGUCGAGAAUAUGCGGAUCAUUCGCUUCCUGGUUCGCCAUGUGAAGUACUUCCUGGGUCUACGCUUUGAGAUCAUUGGCUGGGAACACCUGCAGACUGAGGGGCCUUAUGUCAUCAUCUCCAACCAUCAGUCAUCUCUUGAUGUGCUGGGCCUGAUGGAGGUUUUGCCUGAUCGCUGCACCACUAUUGCCAAGAAGGAGCUGCUGUGGGCAGGAACAGUGGGCAUGGCCUGCUGGCUGGGGGGCAUCGUGUUCAUCAACCGCAAGAAAACUAGUGAUGCUAAGAGUGUCAUGGUCGACACUGCCAAGGUCAUGCUGCACGACAAGAUCCGCCUGUGGGUGUUUCCUGAAGGAACGCGGAAUCAGAAAGGUGAUGUUCUGCCAUUUAAGAAGGGCGCAUUCCACCUAGCAGUGCAGGCCCAGGCACCCAUCAUCCCCAUUGUGUUUUCCUCCUAUAGCAACUUCUACCUACGGAAGGAGAAAGAGUUCAAAUCAGGAAAGAUCACUCUGAAGAUCCUCCCCAAGAUUGAGACAAAAGGCUUGACGUCAGACGACGUGACGUCGCUCUGUGACCGGUCGUAUGGCGUGAUGCGUGCUGCCUUCCUUGAAAUCUCCGGCCAAUCUCAGUCCAAUGGGCCGUCCAAUCACUGAGCGUUUUGGUGACUCCAUCUACUGUUUCUCUCUCAUUGCCUCUCAUAGCCGCACCGCUCUCUAACGGCUCGAGACUUUGCAGUCGUGGUGAUUGACGGUUGCUGUGGCAACUAGACACUUCCAGCAUCUUCUUCAGUGUCAAUAUAAAGCCACAUUACACACACACACCUAUAUAUAUACAUAUACAUAUAUAUAAUACACACACACACAUACACUCAAAUACACUCGUCUCUCGUUGAGACUUUUGGAAGUGCAUGGGUGUGGCGUUAACUGAGGGCAACAACCUUUGACCUUGCCUAUUGGAGACAGUCUGUUUGGAGCGUUUUUACAAUAUGUUUGUUUCAGAAAGGAAGAUUUCUUGUGGAUGUGCAUUUAUCAUGCAUGCCUUGGGACGCUUUGUCUGUCCUUCGCUUUUAAGUUCCUGGACAAUUUCUCAUGUUUUACAGUUUUUGCCUAUUCCCUGCUAUUCAUUUACUUGUAGCUGAUCUUUUAGGUCUUUUUUUUUUAAUUAUUUUAUUUUUUUAAGUAAUCAUUUUUCAUCUUGUUUUGGUUCAUGUUUUAUUGUCUUUUGCCAUCAGUCCUGCCUUAGGACCCAGCCAAUUAAAAGUGUACCUUAAAUGUAACUACCACCAGUGACAAACUUCUACCAUUCCAAUCCUACCCCAUAAAGCAGACGCUGGCAGAUUGGGAGGAAUUUUUCCACUUGAUUUUACGCAGUAUUGCUAACUGUUUUCCCUUAAUAAGCCUCUUCAUUGGAGUUUGCACUUAAAAAAAACAAAACAAAAAACGAAGCCUUUCUGUUGCUUAGCUUUAUUUAUUUGUGUAUUUCAGCCUUUUUGCCUUUUUACCUUUUGUUCCUUGUUUUGGAAAAAGGUACCUCUUUAGCUUUAAAUGUCAAAGGUAAUUUACAUGAACUGCAGUGUUGGAUUGUACUAUGGAUAUUGGCUCCUGGAAAAAAGGAAAUGAAAUACAGCCUAUUAACAUGUAGUAUUUAAUAAUUUAUUUUGCUUGUGAAUUAGAAAUAGCCGUUCCUGGUGCUGGUUGCUUUACCGUCAUGCCCUUAAUCUGUGUCAUAAACUUAUUCAGUGUUGCCAGAUUAAACAGUAUCCUCCACAUCUGGCUAUUUUUUAUUCACCUGGAGUUGAAACAGAUUUGGGCUGUUUGUUGCAUUUCAAAGUAACAAUUCAGGACCGGUUCCCUAACGGCGCGUCCGAUCCGGCACACUGAACUCGUAGACAAGUCGUUCCGAGACAUCUGAUUAGCACCACACACACGUGCUAUCUACAUGCAUGCAUACGCUAGAUCACGUUUCUGGCCUGAUCUGUACUACAUGUCUGGAUAAUUACAAAACCUUUGGUAUUCAUGUUUAAUACUGCUAAAUUAAUAUGCUGCCGGCUGUGAAAAUAAUAGUUUUUUUUAAAAAAAUAACCUUUUAGUUACUAAUUGUUUAUUCAGAAUUGUAAUUUUAAAAAAUGCCGUUUGUCAUACUGGUACCAAAACAAACGCUCUAAACUGUAUCUCUGGCGUGUGUGUGAGGUUUCUCAGCUAGCAGUCACAGCACUGUGAGUCGAUUCGUGAUCAGUGGCGGAUGAGAGUCUUGAAGGUCGAAUACUGGUCUAGUUCAUCUCGUGUGAGAAUGCGAGUCAUGAAUAACCAAAUUUAAAGCGUACCUUACUAAAUUGACUUAUUCGGUUUGGACUGGGGACAUGAUAUGAUUUUAAAAAAGGUGUAAGUUUUAUUUUUGGAAGCAUUUUUGGGAAACGUAGCUGUACGGUCAACAUUCUGAAAACCACAGGAAAAAAAAGAUUUGAAGUCGUUCCUUGUUUAUCUCUUCUUGUUGAAAUAUUUGCUUGACAUUUUAACUGUGCUUAUUGUUGUUGUUGAAACUAGGCAUUUCCAUACCUGUUUUUCCAUUUCAUUUGGGUUGAAAUAAAUAUUUAUUUCAUUUGGAACGCCAA